AUGGGAUUCGACGAGGAAUGGGUUCGGGAGGUGACCCGCUUCGCACAGGAGAAAGUUUAUGAAAACAACUAUGCAUAUGGAGAGGGAAAACAAACUACUAUUCCCAGUUCGUACGCCAAAUUAGACGUCAUCUUGAGCCGCCGGGGUGGGAUACGACCCCCGGAAAAGGCUUGCGUCAAAUGGAUUCAGCAAUCAGAAGAACCGGGAGAUUACCUAAGCGACCAUUCUGUGAUCCUUUUUAAUCUCAUGGAGGAGAAAAACAGAGCAUUGAACAUCCAAGCUUCGCCAAAGCACGCGAUAUUUCUUAAUGCCCCGUUUGAGUUAGGGCAAACCGUCACUCUGGAAAUUACUAACCACGGCGAGGGCUUUGAUUUUUCCUUGGAGUCCCCUCACCUUCAAUGGAUUUAUGUUGGUGAUUGUGGCCAUACGGACAGAAUGCUAUCGGUCAGCAAAAAUUCUACAAAAUACCUGAAGCUCACGUUCAAAGUGGCAGCCACCACCUCAGUGGAACGAAAGAUGGAUCAUCUGACACCGGCUGGGACACAUUGGCUGAUAUUGACUCAAAAGGGGACCGGGGAGCAGUACCACUGGCGUGUCCUGUUCAACAACGAGACUGAGGCUUCGCUGGCUCUU